ACAAACCCUAACAUUUGAUUUGUUCAUUCCUCACAAAAUUCACAAACUCAAAAGCCAGAAUUUUUAGAUCCAAAGCAAGUUUCUUUGUCACAGCGAAGGUUUCCUGACUUGGUUCAAGAAUCGUCAUCAUGAGAUUCAAAAAGGGAUGUAAAGUUGAGGUAUUUGACAAAAAGGAGGUGCCUUAUGGUGCGUGGCGGCGUGCUAAGAUUAUGUCAGGCAAUGGGCACACUUAUAAUGUUAGCUCAGAAUGCCCUCCUGGCAUUCAAAAUGUGACAAAUCUCAGGAGAGUGCCGAGGAAAGCUAUUAGACCUUGCCCCCCAGCUGUGGAUAAUCGUAUUGAAAAUUGGACUGCUGGGGAUGUGGUGGAGGUUUUUGAUGAUUUUUCCUGGAAAAUUGCAAAAGUUCUCAAGGUUGUCGUUGACAAAUACUAUUUGGUUAGGAUACUUGGGUCCUCCAGGGAAGUCCAGGUCCGAAAGUCUAAUAUCAGGCUGCGCCAAGCUUGGCAAGACAAUGAAUGGAUUGUCAUUGGAAGGGGCUAUAGUGGUGAUGUUCUGAAGUUUAAUAAAAUGGCUACAUCGACUUGUUCUCGGAAAGUUGGCUUUCCAUUGCCACGAGCUGAUAGAAAGUUAGAAAUGCAUUCUCCAAACAGCAUUUUGGAAAUUCAGCACGAUUCUACUUUUCCGGAAUCUCAUUUAAUUGCAGGUGGAAUGUUGAAGAGAGCUUUGCCAUUUUUAUCAUCCAAUGUCCAAGCACACCAUGGUUAUGCAAGGAAAAGGAGAGCAGUUGAGAGAGAGGGUCAGCACAAACAAGUGAUUUCAGGGUACCAAUGCUCACUCAAUAAGGUAGAUGUUGUUCCUUACCUGCAUGAAAGUGUAGGUGAGACAUACAUACAUUCUUCCCAUAAAAAUCAAACAAAUGACCUUGGGAAGGGAAAUCCAAAUUAUGUUGUUGAGCAUCUUGAAAGAAUCUCAGAAUCUAAUGAUUCUGAAAUUGAUGCAUGCUCUGUUGGUAGUUGUUGUGUUAGUAGUAACAGACAAAAUAUGUUGUCAUGUACCCUUAGUACAAGUAGUGAUGCUGAAUCUUUUAAUGUUUGUGGAAAUGAAGAAGGCAAAUGCCCCCUUCCCUUAGGAGAGGAACUAGCUGCUAGAAUCCAUAGGUUAGAGUUGCAUGCAUACCGCAGCACUCUAGAGGCUUUAUAUGCUUCUGGACCCUUAAGCUGGGAACAAGAAGCAUUGUUGACAAAUCUCCGUCUUUCACUUAACAUUUCUAAUGAUGAACACUCAUUGGAGCUAAAGAACUUAGUAUCUGCUGGAACAAGGAGGACAGGAUCUUUACCUGGCUUACUAGCUGUACAACAUAGUAAGGACACUUGUUGUAAUCUAGAAAUUGUACACCAAAACUGUUACUGUUAAUGAAACUGGGAAUUCCAAGCUUUUGAGUCUUGAUGGUGUUUAUAUAUAAUUUUAAAUUGUUUUUAUGUUUCAAAUCUUCUUCAUGAACUUAUUGUACCAUUUCUGAAUUAAACGUGUAACUGGUGGAUUUUCUUGUACCUUUUGAAAUCAUUGGAGAUUUGAUUGUAGAAGAUGCUAUUGAUGUAUCUCCUGCAUUUUCUAGGGCCAGUGUUGGAGGCAUGCAAACCUUGCUUCCAAAUGUCCAAAGAUGAUGUCGUGGUUCAAAACUUCUCCAUUCACAUAAGGGGAGAGGCAUUAUAAGAAUUAAGGACUGCACAUCUUAUGCCGAAUGUGAAACAAUGUGAAAGCUUUGAUGGAUCUCGUGUUGGUGAUCCGGAAGGUCCAUUUUCGAACCUUUAGAUUACAUAAAGCUCUCUCCACUGGAUUUCCAUUUUGGCAAUCAAGAAUUUGGACUUUUCCCUUUUCCAACAUUGCUCACCCUUUGUGACCUGAGCCAGAGCAGAGGCAAUGCAUGGAACUUGCUGUGCUGUGAUUGAAGAUUACUGCUACCAUCAUUGCUUUUCUGUCUGAUGUAAUGAAAUAAGAGAAAGCAAGCAUUCUACAUCAACAAUUGUCAACAACCUAAGUUUGGUUUGGCAAUUUGUAUAUAUGUAUAUAUAUAUUAUGUAGAUGCUGUUUGUAAAAUUUAGGUUAAAACCCUUUUUUGGUCCUUGAACUAUUGUACGGACCUUUGAUUUGGUCCCUACUGUUUACCAUU